AUGAAUCCUGUGUGCCGCAGGUGCGGCCACUGCAAGCACCUGACCCCAGAGUACAAGAAGUUGGGCGCGGCGGUUGAGGCUGACCCUGCUCUGGCUUCGCGCCUCGUCAUUGCGAAGGUCGACGCGGAUGCGCACAACCCUCUGGGCUCGAGGUUCGACGUCCAAGGCUUCCCCACCAUCAAGUUCUUCCCCCGCGGCAAGCCCGCCACCAAGGACUCCGCCCAGGACUACAACGGCGGCCGCAGCAGCGAUGCGAUGCUGGCCUUCCUCAAGGGCAAGCUCGAGGGCGACAAGGGCUUCGCCCGUGUGGCCGAGCUGGAUGCCAUCGCCGAGAAGGCAGGCAAGGCCGCGAAAGAUGAUCUGAAGAAGCUGGUUGGGGAGCUCGAGGAAGCCGCCAAGAAGCUGGAGGGCGACGCCAAGGCCAACGGCGAGCUGUACGUGAAGCUUGCCAAGAAGGCUCUUGACAAGGGAUCCGAGUACUUUGCCACGGAGCGCGCCCGCCUCGAGCGCAUGAUCUCCAGCGGCGGCGUCGCGGCCAACAAGGUCUCUGAGAUGGCCGCCAAGUCCAGUGUGCUGGGCGGCUUCCUUGGGGAGCCCAUCGCCGCCCCCGCGGCCGAGGAGGAGGAGGCGGAGGAGGAGCCCGAGGAGGACGAGGACGACGCUGACGAGGUCGAGGAGGGCGAGGAGAAGGACGAGGAGUGA